AUGUCUCCUUCACUAGAAACCAUUAACGGUGAAGCAAAGCACCUUACAAAAGGUGGAGAUGUCCAUGAAGAAGAUGGCAUAGUUUUUGCAUUGAACUUGAUCACAUCCGUCAUGCUUCCACUAACCGUCCGAUCUGCAAUUGAGCUUGGCAUCUUCGACAUCUUAGCCAAAAAUGGAAAAGAUGCCAAGCUCUCUGCAGAUGACAUAGCAGUUAAAAUCGGAUCAAAGAACGCAGAAGCACCCGCAAUGCUGGACCGUCUUCUGAGAUUAUUGGCUAGUCACUCCAUGUUACAUUGCUCGCUAUCCGAAGAGAAACAAGGGCUUGGAUCUCCUCAGAGGCUCUAUAGCCUUGCUCCUGCCUCAAAGUAUUUUGUGACAGAUGCUGAUGGUGUGUCUUUAGGACCAACAUUGAACCUUCCUUUGGACAAAGUUUUUUUGGGAAGCUGGACUGAAAUGAAAGGAGCAAUUUUGGAAGGAGGUAUACCAUUCAAUAGGGUUUAUGGCAUGCAUGCAUUUGAAUAUCCAACUGUGGAUCCAAGGUUCAAUGAUGUUUUCAACAAUUCUAUGGUGAAUUGUACAACUAUAAUCAUGAAGAGGAUUCUUGAGAUUUAUGAUGGCUUUGAGCACAUCAAUAAGCUUGUAGAUGUUGGUGGUGGUCUUGGGAUUAAUCUCAAGCUAAUUACUUCUAAAUAUCCUCAUAUUCAAGGUGUUAAUUUUGAUUUGCCACAUGUCCUAGAACAUGCACCUACCUAUGAAGGUGUGACACAUGUCGGAGGAGAUAUGUUUGAGAGUGUACCUAACGGAGAUGUUAUUUUUUUGAAGUGGAUACUUCAUGAUUGGAGUGAUGAACACUGCUUGAAGUUAUUGAAGAAUUGUCAUAAAGCUAUUCCGGGUAAUGGAAAAGUGAUUGUUGUGGACUCGAUUAUGCCUGUUUUUCCUGAGAGCACAAAGGUUGCUAAUUUGGGUUUCCAAUCUGACCUCUUGAUGAUGGCUCAGAAUCCAGGAGGGAAAGAGAGGACUGAAGAUGAGUUCAAGGAAUUGGCAUUAAGAUCUGGAUUUAGUGAAAUGAAAAUUGCUUGCAAUUUCUCUGGCUUUUGGGUUUUGGAAUUCUUGAAGUAG